AUGGCCGUUUACAUGUUUGUCAUUUUUAUUUCAGGCAUUUCCAUUAAUGCGCUUACAAUUGCAUGCACCAACGAAUACAAGAAGCUCCCAUCCCACCUCAACUACAUCUUGAUGAAUUUGGUGGUAGCCAACCUUCUUGUGUUCAUUGUGGGCUCUUUCACUGGCCUCUGCACCUUUGCAGCCAGAUAUUUCAUCUUUGGACCUCUUGUAUGCAAGAUUGAAGGUUUUAUGGUUACACUUGGUGGAAUGGUAAGCCUCUGGUCUCUGGCUGUCAUAGAUUUUGAAAGGUGGCUGGUCAUCUGCAAACCACUCGGUAACUUUAUUUUCAAACCUGAUCCCACUUUAGCUUGCUGUGCAUUCACCUGGGUGUUUGCACUGGUUGCCUCAACUCCUCCGCUUUUCGGAUGGAGCAGAUAUAUCCCUGAAGGUCUGCAGUGCUCCUGUGGACCAGACUGGUACACCACAAACAACAAAUACAACAACGAAUCCUAUGUGAUGUUCCUCUUCUGCUUUGCCAUUCCCCUCACCAACAUUGCCUUCUGCUAUACUCAGCUGCUCUUUACAAUGAAAAUAGCAGUGAAGGCUCAAGCUGAGACUGCCUCCACUCAGAACGCAGAGAGAGAGGUGACCAGGAUGGUGAUCAGCAUGGUGUUGGGCUUCCUGGUGUGCUAGGUGCCAUAUGCCUCCUUUGCUAUUUGGGUUGUGAACACUCGUGGGACACCUUUUGACGUCAGAUUUGCUUCUGUACCAGCCAUCUUUUCCAAGUCGUCAGCAGUG